GUGGGAACUAUCUGCUACUGACUCAGCUCUCAAAUGGUGGAUUCUCUAAGGUAAUUUCUACACACUAUGAGGCGUGGGUUGUGUCCAUGAAUGAGGCAGACUGACAGCUCUGUACUGUUAUAUGUUUGUAUAUCAGGAGCAAAUGGAGUUUGAUGAUGUUGCAGUUUAUUUUUCUGAAGAGGAGUGGAGCUAUUUAUCUGAAAAACAAAAAGAGCUUUAUGAGGAUGUGAUGAUGGAGAAUUACCGGACCCUCAGGUCUCUAGGAUAUGUUCAUAUGAAGCCUUCACUUGUUACAAAGAUUGAGCGCAGAGAGGAGCCGUAUUUGUGCAGCUUUCCAAUUACCCAAGGCAACCCCAGGAACAGUGUGCUCCCAGACAUGAGCAUUGUUGGAUGGCUUCAGUUGAGGACCCGGGAGUGAUGCCACCGACAUUGCCAUAUGACCCCUGACAACAUUCCUGGCCAGAGGAAUAUCCUACCUUUGGUUUUGAGGGGGAGCCAAGACAGGCACAAAAGGGUCCAUGUAUUUACAACCCCCACAACACAAUCACAGUCUCAUGUCAGUCAUGGAUAUUACCCACAGACUAUUUCACAGGAUAUGCCUAUUGUAGAGGCUGAGUGGUCACACACUGGGAAUACCAAUCAUCUAUGAGAGCUCCAUCAUCUUAUUCACUGGGACGAGCUCCACCAUCCUCUUCCCUGGGACGAGCUCCAACAUCUGCAGAUGAAAAUACAGCAGAAACUACAGCUGCUCCUCAAGCAGCAGAAACUACAACUUCCCCUCAAGCACCAGAAACUACAACUGCCCCUCAAGCACCAAAAACUACAUCUGCCCCUCAAGCACCAAAAACUACAGCUGCCCCUCAAGCACCAAAAACUACAGCUGACAGCUGCCCCUCAAGCACCAGAAACUACAGCUGCCCCUCAAGCAACAGAAGCGCAUCCACAAGCAUCACCUCUUCUUCAACAUCAUGGCCCUCAAGUAACUGCCAGCCCUGUUGCUCAAGAGCCUGUGGAUGCAUUGUAUGCUCCCCUGGGUGAGAAAUACAUUACACUCAAGAGGAGGCUCGUCACAAGCACUGAGAGCAUACAAAGAGGCCAAGAGAGGUUCUUCAGGAACCAAGAAAGGUUCAUCAGGAGCCAAGAGAGGUUCUUCAGGGGCCAAGAGAGGUUACACAAACGUAGCAUAGAGCUGCAGAGAAACAUUGCAGCAUCAUUAAGUGCAAGUGUUCAAAACCAGUCACAGAUGAUUCAAAUUCUGUCUAAUAUGCAGAUGCAGAUGGACAAUAGAUGGAGAGAACAAACUCAACUUUUGAGUGUGUUGCUUGAGCACUUAACACACCAGCAGGACACUGCCUCCAGCCUAUCAUCUGUGGCCAGCAAGCUUUAAAGGGACAGUUUAUUCAAAAAUGUUCUCCCUUUAAUUUGUUCCCAAUGAUCCACUUUACCUGCUGGAGUGUAUUAAAUUGUUUACAAGUAUUUCCUUUACCCUUAUGAUUGCAUUUGAAAUAUUUUAUUUAGCCUAUGUUAUCCCCACCUAUACUUAAAUAUUUUGGCCUCAAGGCCAAGCUGUGUUAACACAGCCAGUAGAAUAAAUUACACUCCCAGUGGGUUCUAGAAGAGAUAAGGUAAUAAAAUAUUAAUUUUCCA